CGUCACUGGUCUGUGUCUACCCCGCCCCGCCCCUGUACCCGCUUCUGCUCCAGGCCUGAACUGGGUCGGCUGGGGAACUGCUCUCAUGGAGACCCUGCUUAAGCGGGAGCUGGGCUGCAGCUCGGUCAAAGCUACGGGUCACUCGGGAGGCGGGUGCAUUAGCCAGGGCCAGAGUUAUGACACGGACAAAGGACGAGUGUUUGUGAAAGUGAACUCCAAGGCAGAGGCUAGAAGAAUGUUUGAGGGUGAGAUGGCAAGCUUAACUGCCAUUCUGAAGACGGGUACAGUCAAGGUACCUAAGCCCAUCAAGGUUGUCGAUGCCCCAGGAGGUGGGAGCAUGCUCGUGAUGGAGCAUUUGGACAUGCGGUAUCUGAGCAGAUGGAUCUGCUAUCUGUGUGUCAUUGUUCAGUUCCUGCAUUUUGAUUUUAGUCAUGCCACCAAGCUUGGGACCCAGCUUGCAGAUCUACACCUUGAGAACAAGAGGCUUGGAGAGAGGCUGCUAAAGGAGGCUGGCACUGUGGGGAAAGGAGGUGAACAGGCAGAGCGGCAGUAUGUGGACCAGUUUGGGUUUGAUGUAGUGACAUGCUGUGGAUACCUCCCCCAGGUAAAUGACUGGCAGAAGAAUUGGGUCGAAUUCUAUGCCAGGCAGCGCAUUCAGCCCCAGAUGGACAUGGUGGAGAAGAAGUCUGGGGACCGGGAAGCUCUUGAGCUGUGGUCUGCUCUGCAGUUGAAGAUUCCUGACCUGUUCCGUGAUCUGGAAAUUGUGCCCGCCUUACUCCAUGGAGACCUCUGGGGAGGGAAUGUAGCAGAAGAUUCCUCUGGGCCCAUCAUUUUUGACCCAGCAUCCUUCUAUGGACACUCAGAAUAUGAGCUGGCAAUAGCGGGCAUGUUUGGCGGCUUCAGUAGCUCCUUUUACUCUGCAUACCACAGCAAAAUCCCUAAAACCCCAGGAUUUGAGAAGCGCUUACAGUUGUAUCAGCUCUUUCACUAUCUGAACCACUGGAAUCAUUUUGGAUCUGGGUACAGGGGAUCCUCUCUAAACAUAAUGAGGAAUCUCAGCAAAUGAACUGGCUUCCCACCAGAGGGAAGAGUCUCUUGUGGGUGUGUUGGGUCUCCUAAUAAGAUGACUCUCCAUCUAGAUCAAGUCUUAGCAUCAUACGCAUCACUGUGAACGGAGGGAAGUGCGUGGGGUCAGGUGACCUGACUCCAACGAUUUGGUCAAGGAGGUUAUGAUUCUUCAUAGUCACUCUCCUCAUGAAUCCUUCCCAUUUAUUCCAUGGUAGGACUUGCUUAAGAUCCCUUGUUUCUUUCUCUUUUUCUCCUCCCUUUUUUCCUAUUCUCUCAUAUAUUACAUCCUGACUGCAGUUUCCCCUCCCUCUCUCCUCAGAAUCUCCUCUGCCACGCCCCCCAGGGACAUCAACCAAGCACAGUAUAACAAGCUACAAUAAGCCAGGCACAUAACAUCACAUCCAGGCUGGAUAAGGCAACCCAGGAGGAGGGAACGGGAACGGGAACGGGUCGCACAGUAGGCAAGAGUCAGGGACACCCUCCAUUCCCACUGUUAGGAUUCCCACACGAACACCAAGCUACUCAGCCAUAACAUAUGCAGAGGACUUGCUCAGACUCCUACAGGCUCCUGAUCACUGCAAGCCCCCAGUACCGGUCAGUUGAUUCUGUGGGCUGUAAACUGUGAAGUAUGGGUUCUCUCAGAGGAAAGGUUAUGAAAUUCUGUUGUGUGCAUAGUAAGACUGCCUGGCUAAAUUAGGCCUCACUGGCGAUAGAACAGACUUACUGAAGUUUAGGUAUAGUGAGCCACACUCCACUGCCAAGGUAGAGAACUGUGAGUGACUGUUGGUGUGGUGAAGGGUGUUGACCAUGCAGGGAAGUGGCCAAUGUGCCCACUUCCCAUCUCUUCCUUGCGCAUUGUCAGCAUUUCUGAGUGAUUCACAGUGAUGUUUUAUGAUGGUUAGACUUCUGGACAUGGACUCAUCUUGUGAGAAGAUUUGAAUAAUGACCAAUUCUAAAAUCAAUAACGUUCCAUUUGCUUAUGUAGCACUUCUGGACCCUGCUAUAAGCUGAGAAGUCUAGAGGUUGGUUUGGGGACCAACCAAGCUACCAACCUUAAGGGUAACUUGGUCUCGAUUUAGGAGCCUGGAAAUACUCCGUUAUACAAGUUUGUGCUUUCUUUCUUUCUUUCUUUCUUUCUUUCUUUCUUUCUUUCUUUCUAAUUUGUUUUUUUCUCUUUCUUUCUUUCUUUCUUUUUUUUUUUUUUUUUUUUUUUUUUUUUUUUUUUUUUACAAGACAGGGUUUCUCUGUGUAGCCCUGGCUGUCCUGAAACUCACUCUGUAGAGCAGGCUGGCCUCGAACUUGGAUAUCCACCUGCCUCUCCCUCCCGAGUGCUGGGUUUAAAGGUAUGCACCACCACCACCACCUGGUUUUAUGUUAUUUUCUAAAAUUGUCAUUCCUUUGCAACAUAUGAGCAUUAAUAUCUUUUCUCUUUUAACAUUGAAGAAAUGGGAAAUUUCAUUAAUGACAUUGUUGUUGAUAAAUCUUUUUGCCUAAAAACUAGAAUAAAAUUGCAGUUGUUUCAGUGA